AUGCAGGACUCAAAGGAGGAGAACAAAGGCACAACCCAGCUCUCUGAGAGCAGCAAAGGCUGGCUGCUCCCCACGGGCAGGGCAGAGAACUACACACAGACCUGCCCGGGGCUUGCUCCCACCCAGACGUCUGGGUUCUUACUGCCCACAAACCUGGACCAGAGGCAGGUGCAGUACCAGUUUACACGGUCUACCCAGCGCCUUUGCCUCCUGCUUUUCACCUGCCUGCUGGCCGUGGCAGCGUCUCUUCCUGCCUUUGACAUAAAAAACUUGCAUCUCCUCAAUGGCACACUGGAUGAAAUUAUGAAUUUUCUCCCAGAGUCCUCCCAGCUUGGCUGGCCCAAGGACUGCAGUGAGGUCCCCCGUGGCAGCCGCAGCGGUGUCUACAUCAUUCAGCCAAAAGGGCUCCACCAUCUCGUGGUGUACUGCGAGAUGAAUGUGACCAACGGGGGCUGGACGGUCAUCCAGAGGAACCAGAAAGACACACCGGUCACCUGGGCUGAGUCCUGGAGCACCUACAAGUACGGCUUUGGGAGCGUGCGUACCGAGUACUGGCUGGGCACCGAAUACAUCCAUCAGAUCGCCAAGCAGAAGGUCUACCAGGUCAGGUUCGUCAUCCAGGACUCCACGGACAACACCAAUUUCGCAGACUACAACCUCUUCAGUGUGGAAGAUGAGUCCCACGGCUACCGGCUGAGGCUGGGCUCCUACACGGGGACCGCGGGCGAUGCCAUGACCUCGGACAACCCCAAGACCAUGCAUGACAACAUGAAGUUCUCCACAAAGGAUCGAGAUCAGGACACUUACAGUAAGAACUGUGCCUACAGCUAUGAGGGUGGGUGGUGGUACUCAGCGUGUUACUCUGUGCGGCUGAAUUUCAAGGGCGGCAUGACAUGGGGCAGCCUGUGCAAGGGGAACUGCAAAUCCUCCCUUAUCCUCAUCAAACCGGCUUCGUACUGUUAA